AUGACUGACGCCACCGUGCCAGAGGGCCACAAGUCCCUACAUGGCGCGCUGUAUGGUGAGGGGGGUGCGGAGGUGCACUCCUCCCGCAAGGCAGGAUACCAGCUCAUCCCGGGCGAGGACGACGGCGAUGUGCUCAUACCCGUGGAUGCCUACCUCGGGCACCGCAACGAUGCCAGCCUCCUCGGCGUCUAUGCCCUGUAUGACGCCAGCGAGACGCUGCAGUACGUCGGAUUCUCCAGGAACAUGUGCCUGGCAAUCAAGGGCCACAGAUCCCGGGUGGGGAAACGGCUUGCCGCCCACGUGCGUGCCAAGGUCGUGCAGAGGACCAGCCUCCAGUCUAAGGCCGCCCUGAGCGCCGAGGCCCAGCGUUGGAUCGAGGAGGCUGAUGUCCUGCCCCCAGGGAAUGGCGAGAAUCGUAACGAAUGGGAGGGCACGGGACUCGAUGUGAGCCUGAUGUCUGAGGAGGCUCGGGAGGCUCACCUGGAGCACAAGCUCAAGUUCAGGCUGGCCAUGGGGGAGAGCAUCGACGAGGAACCUGCCACAGAUGACGAUGCCGUCCGGCGACUGAAGCUGCUGAAGGCCGUGGAGGGCGACGACUGGUCGGCUGUGAUCGACAGGCAGACCGAGGAAGUGGCGGCGUCCCACAGCGCAGACCUGGCGGAUGCCGCGACGCCCCAGAGCCAGAGCUCUGAAGGUGGCAGUGCACAUGGCGCCGCACAGCCCCCCCCGCCGAUAGCCUCACCCUUCACCCAAGCUGCCGUGCAUCGCCAAGUCGGCAACCAGGAGCCGCAGCCCCAGAUCCCGCUCAAUGCCGAGACGGUGGACCAUGCGCUGAACGAGGUUCGCCCCUUCCUCAUUGCCGACGGCGGGAACGUGGAGGUGGUGUCGGUCAGCGGCGGGGUGGUCUCCCUGGAGUUCCAGGGGGCCUGCGGCACCUGCCCCUCCUCCUCGGCCACCAUGAGCAUGGGCAUCGAGAGGUGCCUGAGGGCUACCUUUGGCACCCAGAUAUUGCAGAUUGUCCAGGUGAACGCCCAAGACACGGGGGCUACGGAGGUCAGGGUGGACGACCACUUGAACAUGCUGAGGGGGGCCAUCCAGAGCUAUGGCGGCAGCGUGGUCGUCAAGUCGGUCAGCGAGGGCGUGUGCAAGCUCCUUUACAAUGGCCCACCGGCCAUCGCAGUGGGUGUGAGAGCAGCUGUCCGGGACCAGUUCCCAGAUCUUCAGGAGGUUCUGCUACUGGACUCAGAGACAGGCGCACCAUUGAAGCUUUAG